UGACGCUCUCUGUCUCCAGAUCCGAACCCUAAUCGCUCGCGAAUCCCGCUUCUUCUCGAGUGUCCCCCCUUUUCGAUUCCGGUAGUCGGAAAUGCCUGCCGUCGUCGAACCAGGGAGCGCUGCCGGGAGGGUUAGGUUUCACGAGGCCGUGACGAAUGUAGAGGCAGCCGAUGUGGGUGGGGAAAUCGAUCUGGAGGCCGUCCCUUGCGGCCUGCCGGCUCAGGGAUUCGAGCUGCAAGAGGAUCCUUCCUUCUGGAAGGACCAUAACGUUCAGGUUGCGAUCCGAAUCCGACCUCUCAGCAGUUCAGAGAUAUCCCUGCAAGGACACAGUCGAUGUGUCCGACAGGACAAUUGUCAAACCAUUGCAUGGACUGGACACCCUGAAUCUCGUUUCACCUUUGAUCUCAUUGCUGAUGAGCAUGUUAGUCAGGAGAAACUAUUCAAAGUUUCUGGAGUUCCGAUGGUUGAGAAUUGUGUGGCUGGCUAUAACAGCUGUAUGUUUGCCUAUGGCCAAACUGGCAGUGGAAAAACACACACAAUGAUAGGAGACAUUGAAGGUGGAACACGUAGACAUAGCGUUAACUGUGGGAUGACACCUAGAGUUUUUGAGCAUCUCUUCUCAAGGAUACAGAAGGAAAAAGAAGAUCGACGAGAUGAAAAGCUGCAAUUUACAUGUAGAUGCUCAUUUCUAGAAAUCUAUAAUGAGCAUAUACUUGAUCUUUUGAAUCCAUCCUGUGUAAAUUUGCAGAUAAGAGAAGAUUCAAAGAAAGGUGUUUAUGUAGAGAAUCUUUCAGAAUUUGAGGUUUCAUGUGCUCGUGAUGUUAUGCAACAACUUAUUCAGGGGUCAUCAAACAGAAAGGUGGCUGCUACAAACAUGAACAGAGCUAGCAGCCGUUCUCAUAGUGUUUUUACUUGUGUCAUAGAAAGUAAGUGGGAAUCCCAGGGUGUUACUCAUCAUAGGUUCGCUCGGCUUAACCUUGUAGAUUUAGCAGGGUCUGAGAGACAGAAGAGCUCAGGUGCUGAAGGUGAUAGACUGAAAGAAGCAACCAACAUAAAUAAAUCACUUUCAACUUUAGGACUUGUUAUCAUGAACCUUGUCAGUAUGUCAAACAAGAAAUCACUGCAUGUACCCUAUAGAGAUUCAAAGUUGACUUUCCUUCUUCAGGAUUCACUUGGAGGUAACUCUAAGACAAUCAUAAUUGCAAACAUAAGCCCAUCCAAUUGCUGUGCUUUAGAGACAUUAAGUACACUUAAGUUUGCACAACGUGCCAAGUUCAUAAGGAACAAUGCAAUUGUAAAUGAGGAUGCUUCUGGCGAUGUCAUCAGCAUGCGUCUACAAAUUCAACAAUUGAAGAAAGAAGUAAAUCACUUAAGAGGAUUAGUUAACAUUGGAGCUGGAAAUGAUACUUUGAGUUCUUGUCUUAAUGGAUCUCCAUGUUCUUUCAAGUGGGAUGGAGAGCAGGGAUCAUUCAGUCCACUGACAUUUGAUAAACGGUUAUCUCAGAGGAAGGAUAGUGAAGCUGCUCUAGUUGCAGCUUUUAGAAGAGAGAAGGACAAGGAAACAGAAUUAAAAGCAAUGACUGCUGAAAAGCAGGCUGCAGAACAGCUGAUCACUCAACGAACGGAGGAAGUAAGAGGUUUAAAGAUGAGACUUCGUUUUCGCGAGGAGCAAAUAAAGCGGUUAGAAGCAACUGCUGCUGGAAAGCUAUCAGCAGAAACACAUCUGUUGCAGGAGAAGGGAGAACUUCUGAAAGAAAUAGAUGUUCUUCGAAACCAAGUCGACCGUAAUCCAGAAGUUACCAGAUUUGCGAUGGAAAACCUGCAACUGAAAGAAGAACUAAGAAGAUUGCAGUCAUUUGUUGAAGAAGGUGAAAGAGAAAUGAUGAAUGAACAGCUGACAGUUUUACAGGAUAAGUUACUGGAGGCCCUGGAUUGGAGACUUAUGCAUGAAAAAGAUUCUGGUGUUUUUCAGCGGAACCUCUCAUCAUCUUGGGAUGCUUUUGGAAGUGAAGAAAACGAGUUUCUCCAUCUGCAGGCUAUUCAAAAUCAGAGAGAAAUAGAAGCACUCCGAAGAAAUCUUUCAAUUUCCCUUGAAACCAAAGAAAAACUCGAAAGGCGUGUUGAUGAGUUAGUUUUCCAACUAGAAGAACAGAGAAAGUCAACUCUAGCUCUUUCUGAAGGAUCCCAACUUCCCCAAUCUGAAUGCAUUAUUCCGGAAACGGAGAAGUCUUCUGAUGAACAGAUAGAACUUAAAACAAUGGUUGAUGCAAUUGCAGUUGCUAGUCAGAGAGAAGUCAAAGCUCAUGAAUCAGCUAUUGCAUUAGCCAGGGAGAAUGAAGAGUUAAGGUUGAAGCUUAACGUCCUUAUCGAUGACAACAACAAGUUGAUUGAACUCUAUGAGAGUGCAAUUGCAGAAGGAGCUAACAAUGUUGCUGUCUGCGGUUGUAAAUUUGUGCAAACAGAAGGACAAGAUGAAAUUUCUUCUGAACACAAUGACAAUAGGCUUGAAGAGUCCAACUAUGAAUUCCAUGACUCAGAGAUUAAGGAUAUUGAAAGUCUUCAGCACCAGCUUCACGAUUUGCAUGAAGAAAAUGAGAAACUGAUGGGCUUAUAUGAGGAAGCCAUGAAGGAGAGGGAUGAGUUCAAAAGAAUUCUUGCUUCUAUGGAAACAAAAGUAUCGUCAACCAAAGAAGAGAUUUCUUGUCCAGAAAAGCUUGUCGAAAUGGAUGAAGAAAUGGGUCGUCAGAAGCAGGAACCAGCAAAUCCAAAGGAAGAUCUGGCACAAAUGUCAGAGAAAAUGCCACAGCUGGUUAGAGAAAACUUGGAGUUGGUAAGAGAUAAGUUUGCUGCAGUAGGAAAUGAUGUUGUUAAAUACUUUGGGGUACUUGAGCAAAAUAUUACUGAGGUCAAUGAACUAUCUGAAAACGCUAUACAAUUGGACCAUGCCGUUAAGUUUAAGCAACAGGAGCAAAUGGAACUCGAGGUUGGCCUGUCCCAGCUGCAGGAAAGAAAGACAGUAUUGGAGAAUAAGUUUGUGGCUCUGAAAUUAGCACUUCAGAGUUUUUCAUCCAAAGCUAACUACUGGGAACAAAGAGAAGGUCGGACAAGAACCAGGUUUAAUGUGUGUUCUGAACAUGUACAACAAAAGAAAGAAGAACUAGCAUGUCUUCUAGCUGGCAAGGGUGAAAUCAACGCUGCUUUGGCGAAAGCCCAGCAGUCUGAAUCUCUGUUGAGAUGCAACAUCGAUAAUCUCAAGUCUAAGCUCCAUGAAAUAGAAACUCAAAGACAGAAGACUGAAAGAGUGCUCUUUGCAAUUGAUAAUGUGGAAAAUGCUGACAUGCCAGUGCCAAAGCCUAUGAAUUUUGGGAAAGCAUUCGAACUAUUGAAGUCUGAAGAGGAGAAAAGCAAGCUAUCUGCUGAGCUGAAAAAGCAACAGGAACAACUAGUUAUUCUAAAGAAGGAAAUUGGAAGCUUGGUGAAGAAAACUGAAGCAACUGAUGCUGACAUCAAGAAUGCUGAAACAUCGGUGAAAAAUGGGCUGCUAUCCUUGCAACAAGCAGAAGCUGCAUUACAGCAAAUGAUGGAAGAUAAGAAAAUGCUCGAUGAUAUGCAAGAGGAUGGGAGAUCUGAGAUUGACAAUCUUUUACUUGAGUUCCAGAAUUGCAUCUUUAAUUUGGAUCUGAAAGAAGGUGAGAUCAUUUUACACAAGGAAACGAUGGAACAUGAUUUGAGAAAUUUAGAGCAGAUAAGGGUUAAGCAAGAAUUGGCCACAGAGAGGUUGAAUCAGUUGUUGAAUGCCGAUCGACAUGUAACAACACUCUCUGGCAUAAGAGAUUACUCAUUAAAUGUUUCAGAGAUGGAACAGAAGCUAAGAGAUGUCCAGAUCUAUCUUGAUGAAAUCAUCUGCCAGCAGCCACGGGGCAGUUAAUUCAACUGCCUGAAUUCACUAGCAUUUUGAUUAACUAAACUAGCAUUUGUUAUUUGAUCUGUUCACAUGGAAUCAUCAUCACUUUCCUUUUUCUGUGCUUUAUUUGUACUUCUGUACAUAUUUUUAGUUUUAAUUGUUCUUGGGUAUGUGUAGUCAGGAUUGCUCAAAUACUCUUUAUCAGUUAUCGCACUAUCAUUGAUACCUGCAUAAAGAUGUUCCACUUUGCCACCUUUCAGUUAAUGUGGUUGCAAAUUCUGUCUAGAAUUACCAAAUAA